AUGAAGAUCCACACUGGUGUGAAAGACUAUAUGUGCUCUGAGUAUGUGAAGAUUGAAGAAACAUUCACAGUCAAACAGGAAGAUCUGCAGGAACAAACAGACCUGAUUGAAGAGAAUGAAAGGAAUAAAGAGGAGGAACAUCAUGUCAAAAUUGAGGAAAAAACUUUUUUACAGACUGAUGGUAUUUUGAAAAGGAGAGACAAGAAUUGUUUCACCUGCACUCAGUGUGGAAAGAGUUUUGGAAGAGAAGGCAAUCUUAAGAUUCACACGAUGAUCCACACUGGAGAGAAACCAUUUACAUGCACUCAGUGUGGGAAGAGUUUGGCAAACAAAAGCCAACUUAAGAUUCACAUGAUGAUCCACACUGGAAAUAAAUCAUUCACAUGCACUCAGUGUGGGAAGAUUUUUGGAAGAAAAGGCAAUCUUAAGAUUCACAUGAUGAUCCACACUGGAGAGAAACCAUUUACAUGCACUCAGUGUGGAAAGAGUUUGGCAAACAAAAGCAAACUUAAGAUUCACAUCAUGAUCCACACUGGAAAGAAACCAUUCACAUGCACUCAGUGUGGGAAGAGUUUCACCCACUCAUCAUACCUUAAUAAACACAUGAGGAUCCACACUAGAGAGAAACCAUUCACAUGCACUCAGUGUGGGAAGAGUUUCAGCCAAUCAUCAUCCCUUAAACUACACAUGAUGAUCCACACUGGAGAGAAACCAUUCACAUGCACUCAGUGUGGGAAGAGUUUCAGUCGCUCAUCAUCCCUUGAUUACCACAUGAGGAUCCACACUGGAGAGAAACCAUUCACAUGCACUCAGUGUGGGAAGAGUUUCAGCCAAUCAUCAUCCCUUAAUCACCACACGAGGAUCCACACUGGAGAGAAACCAUUCACAUGCACUCAGUGUGGGAAGAGUUUCAGCCAUUCAUCAUCCCUUAAUCACCACAUGAGGAUGCACUGAUAUUGUAACUUUUGUGGACACCUCAGGGUAAAAGUUGACAACCUAUACAGUGUUAAUAUUUGACCCCUUAAAAUGUAUUCUAGACAGGUUGUCAGCUUAGAAAAUAAUUUUUGUCCAUUUCAUGACUAUUCUUAAAGUGGUAAAAUCGUGUUUUAUCCCCAAGUGCUUCCUUUAUUUUUCUGAACAUCAGCUUAUAAUUUUGAAAUGAUUUGCAAUAUAAUUCAACUAAUGUAUAAACAUGAGAUUUAAAAAAAAUAAAAAAUCAGUAUACCAAAGGAGUAUUGCACCACAGGGGCUGCUGUUUUUUUCUAAAAAGCUUUGGUAUAAGGCCUUAAAAAAAUAAUAAAGUAAAGGUUUUUUCAUAGCAGAUGUUUUCAACGAAAACUUCAACGAAUAUAGAGAUAAUUUCAACAAAUAGAAUAACUUUUUUUUCUAUUUAUCUACAAACAAAAAAGUCAGAUACUACUGUUCCAUCUUGGAGUGGCUUCAACCACCUUAUGUCAAAAUCAGAUCACCCAAAAACAGUAGCUUGAAUGAUGCCCAUCAUAAAUUCUCCAGCACAUGAUUAUGACACACUUUGAACAGUUUUACAGAAUUGUCACAAAAUGAUUACAAAACUAGGCCAAAUCAAUAUAGUUAUAACUUUUGAUGAGCAGCUCUAUUGUAAAGCAAAGAUGAUUCUGUGGCACCACCAAAUAGAGUGUGAGAAUUUGUUAUUCUCCUGGGUGUAUUUCAUGUGCAGAUGAACUUUUUAAAGAUUUUUGGCCAGCACCUUGAUGAUUCAGGACUGAGGGACAUUUUUGAGGAAAGUAGUGUUUUUGGAAAGAACACAGCUGAAAACAUCAUGAAAGGAAAUGGAUAGAACCAUGUAGCUUGUGCACACACACUUGCCUCUGAAGCACUUUGGAGAAUAUUGUGGCCAACUUUUCUGUUGUGGAUAGAUGACAAUAUCACAAUAGACAACAGUUUCUUUGAGUUGGCAAAAGCAAUUUCAGAACACUUACGAUGUGGAGAAACUAAACCAGCUGCAGUACGCUAUGAAAAAAGUUGGAGAGCUUGAAGAUCUACUUGCUGAAUUUGACAAGGCUAACAAAGACAAACUAACUUUUGCCUUCUGGAGGCAAUACAUGGAGCUUGUGUCUAUUCUCUUGGCAUUCACACAGGGUCCGAGAUGUGGCAACUGUAAAUUGUACACGCCAGCCUUUAAGAGCAUGAUGCCUUGGUUUCCUGCAAAUGACCACACUCAAUACAAAAGAUAGGGUGCUGUAUUCAUAGCAGACAUGGAACAUCUGGCACAGACAGCACUAGAGGUCUACAAAGGCUUCCUAGAUGGAAAUUUUGUAGCCAAAGAGACCAAUUACAGCUUCAGUGGGGUGCCUUAUGACUUGUGUCUUGAGCACACUAACAAAACAACAAAGGCUGCUGGAAGGUUGGUAGCCAUCACUCGAAAUGAGCUAGAAACCCUUUGUCAAUCACCUACAACGAACGAGCAUCCUUUCCACAGGAUACAAGAUCUUUGUAUGAACUGACACAUGAUGGAGAAGAUGAAAAAAGACACCCACAAAGACUGCCUUCCAUCAAGUCAAAGAAGGGAUAACAAUGAUGCUUUUAAACUUGUAGACCAGUUCCGAAGAUACCAUGUCAUUCAAAUGGAGAAUAUGCACGAGUUGUUUUCUUUGACAACCGGUGAUGUGGCUUCAGAAGAUAUUCUGAAAGACCCUAUAAAUGCUGCAGAUUCUGGGAAAAAAAUUGUCAAUGAGUUUGUAAAAAUAAAAAACGAUUGAGCACAAGACUUCCACAGCACCCUUACCCCCAGAAACACCAAAACAUUCUCAAAUUUGUACAGCACAGAUAAACCUGUAAAGCUUAGAUCCAAGUGUGUAUAGCCUGACAGGGAUAUUUUACAUGAGAUCAUUGUAUUCAUGGACAGUGGUAGAGAGGUUAACAGAUGAGCUUCUCCAACAAGAACUGUGCGCAGUCCCCCUGUCACUUGCCACGUCAGAUUCAACACUCAGACUAACAAAGCUGACUUAGCUACCAUCCUACAAGCUGGUGUAAAGGAGACAGAGCUAAGUCCAUCUGUUGUGAGCAUAGGCACCAUCAUUGAUGGGAUGGCCUUAGUAAGAGCAAUCGUAAAACCUGUAAAUGCAUAAUCUUUUGGAGAUUAUUCUGAUAUUUAAAUGCAGAUAGUGACUGGUUAUCUACAUAGGAACAUUACUAGAGUUGAUCUAGUGUUUGAUCAGUACCAACAGAACUCCAUAAAUGGUGGAACAAGAGCAAAACGUAGCACUACCACCAACUAUUUGUGGUUGGCACAUGAAAGAUGGUGUGCUGGUCCCCAAGCUUUUGACGAAAGAACCUUUACAGGCCAGAUGUUUGAAGCUCAUGAUCUUUGGGUGCAAGGAAGGUGGAACUCACUGCAGUGUCAAUGUCGAAAAAGUGGAAUGUAUUGUUGCAGAGCAUGUGGAUGUGUGUGUGCAGCUUGGUGCAAGAAUACUCGGGUACCUACAUAAUUAUAUUCGAAUAGGUUUAGGUUUUGCCCUUUAGUGUGAUCCAGGCGCUCUAUUGUUAAAGUAAAAGCUUCCUCUUCUGUUAUGUCCCUGUCCAGGACUCUGACUGAGUAUUUGAUCCCUGAAUGCCUUCUAAAAGCUGGUCACCUUCCCAUCUCUCUGUUGAGUAUGACAGAUUAGAUAAGGGAAAAAGGUCACCAGCAGGGUUUAAUGGAAAUUACCAUGCUUCCUAGGAAAAAUUAAUCAAGAUUCUGUAAUUUUGUGAUUGUUAUAAUUAAACAAGAAUCUUUUCUUAAA